GCUAACCUUACGAAAUGUCUCAUAUCAAACAAACUAAAAAACUGGAUAAGUACGAUACACUAAUCUAAAUUGGGGCUUUAGAAUAUCUAUGUAUCAUUCGCGACGAUCGCCAAAUUCGGCUGAAGAUUUAACAGAUCGCAGUGAACAGAGAGGAAACAGAGAGAGUUUGUUGCAGAACUUGCAAGGAUCUAAUACAAGUUCGUCGGACAUGGAGGAAAACGGACGCGGGGAAACGCUGUGUAAAGUCUGCGGGGACAAGGCCUCUGGGAAGCAUUACGGCGUGCCGAGUUGCGACGGAUGUCGGGGUUUCUUCAAGCGGUCUAUCCGCAGGUACGCGAGGAAUCUGGAUUACGUGUGCAAGGAAAACGGGCGCUGCAUCGUGGAUGUAUCGCGGCGCAACCAGUGCCAGGCCUGCCGUUUCACAAAGUGUCUUCAGGUCAACAUGAAGCGAGACGCUGUACAACACGAGAGAGCACCGAGGAGCACGUCUUCUCUUGUUGCAGCGGCGAGGAGAACUUCUUCGGGGCUUUACACGGGCAUCCCUAACGUCUAUCAUCCCGCAAGCAGCACCUACCAUCCACUUCUAUAUCCCGCAUUGUUCCCCUUCAAACCCACGGUACCAACAUUCACCCCGUCCGUCGCGCAUUUUCUGCCACGACCGUCUCCGGAAUCUUUGUCUAUGACCACUGCCAAGGAAGACGAAGUUACCAGCUCCGAGGAAGCGGCAACUGUCGAUGUCAGAAUCGAAUCGAAAGAGGAACUAAUGAGUACUCGCUUAGCGCCGCCGGUUAUCACUUCCGUCUCAUCGGAAUACGCCAUGCACAGCUUAUCUCUCCUGCCGACCGAAAAUAUCUACGAGUUCGCGGCGAAGUUACUUUUCUUCGCCGUGCGAUGGGCGAGGAGUAUACAUUCCUUUCUGCAACUUCCUUACAGAGACCAAACUAUCCUUCUGGAGGAGUCUUGGAGCGAGUUGUUCGUGCUGACAGCCGCGCAGUGGAACUUUCCCGUGGAUGAGACCACCCUGGUGCCCGUGGAUCUGCCGAUAGAGCGGAGGGAAGUUCUCCUUGAUAAAGCGAGGAGGCUGAGGGAACUCUUAGCAAAGUGCGCCGCGUUGAGGGUGGAUCAUUCGGAGUACGCCUGCUUGAAGGCCAUAGUCCUCUUUAAGGCGGAGUCGCGAAAUCUCUGCGAGCCGGGACGAGUGACGGCGUUGCAGGAGCAGACGGUAGCGGUGUUCUGCGAGAGGGAUGCGCGCAGGGUGGGUCGAUUGCUGCUGCUUUUACCACCGGCGCGUGCACUCUGCCGUGCUACCCUGCACGAGCUGCUGUUCAAGCCGACGGUCGGCGAUGUCAGCGUGGAGCGACUGUUGGGCGACAUGGUCGGCGCCCUAAGGCCUACCUAACUGCUGGCACGAAUGAGCCCCUUUUGCUCUUGGGAUAUCUGUGCCGUGUACGUUUUACCGACACCCCUUUAUCGGCGAUGGCGAAAUAUUCAGACCGAGGGAUGAUCAUGCCGAGAUAAAAUUGAAAUAUACUUUUGCGUCGUAAAAGAUCUGUCUAUGGAAGAAAUGCGCGUCUACGUGAAAAAUCGAUUUAUUUUCGACAUCGACCUCUAAAUAAUUUACUUUCCUUAAAAAUAAUUAACGUUAAAGCACAUAAAUAUCGUGAUCGAUUUUGACGUCGUGUAAGUCACGUAAUGGGGUUGAUUGUUUUAGAUAUUGAAGAUUGUUAGAGUAUGAACGUAAUGGCGUAUGUAAUUAUUAUCGUUGAUAUGAUUAUUGGAACAGUCUAUGGUGUUGACACGGAGAUAGAAGGACAGAAGUGUUCUAUAUCUACGAUUCUGUCACCGAUAUCGAUCACUUAAAAGGUCUUAAGGAUAUUGAAUCUAGUCCAGUAGAUUUCUUGCUCCCCCUUCUAAGAUAACUUUAUUUAACUUUAGUUAACUACGAUUGACUGAAUAGUCCCUUGUGUUACUUUAUAUAGUGAAAAUUCCGGAAAAGCCAAUUAAAGCUGAUUAGUGACGUCCAGAAUAUUCUAAAUAAACUAUUCUAGUAGACUAAUAAUUGUGAAUGGGACAGAUAAGCAAUAAGCGAUAAAGAUAAUUCUUGUUGCCAGCUAGCUUAUCGAAUUAUGAUACGACCGCGUUGGCCGUGCCGAUAAAAUGGGCAAAACGGUGAUAAAAUGACAGCAGAAGGGAAACGUAUAUACGAGAUUUCGUGACGCAGCGACAGUUUCGCUCGUCGGACUAUCGAUUCACGAUGGACAGAAUUAUGGCGCUAUUCAAUGGCAUCAAUUCUUUCCGUGUGUGUAUGUGGUAUUAUACUUAUAUACAUAAAUGGGCUUUGCGCAAUGUAAUAUUUAUGCACCUUAAGUGGAUACAUAUAUGUACAUACCUGUCCUAGAUAUAAGUAACUUUACCGACGACCGUAGCGAAUCGUAAAUUAGAUGAUGUAAUGCAUAUUAAAGCGGCACAAACGCGUAUUCGUGUAAUUACUUAAUUAAUCGAUUAAUGGUCUCGUUCAUUCCGUUCUUCGUGCCACUAGUCGGAUAUAUCUGAAGCGAAAAACGAUUGUCGUCAUUUCCAGCGUUACUCUCGCUAAUGUUAUCUCUGUAUAGUAUUAAUUCUUUGCGCCAGAGCGACCGAAGAUUAUCUAAUCGCGAGUUGGUCGCUAUUGAUGCCUGUCGCAUCAUUUUCAAAAAUUGUUCUCCGUAGUAAUUAAACUGGAAUAAAUCCCUUCAGAAAA